ACACAUCCAGGUCUAGUCUUGAAGAAUCUGCGACGAAACAUCUGGAGACGGAAACUAUCACCAGUUAAUCAGAUCACCAGUUAAACUGGAACACCGGAACUGUACGCUCACUGAAUGACCUCAUGGAUGUCAUCAUGACGACCGCAGAUGACAUAACUGCAGUGACAACAGAGGAUCCUUACUCCUUCAGCUCUUUAUCCACUGGCGAUGAUGACUAUGACAUUCCGGACCUGAUGUGCGACCGGUCCUCGGUGCGGGAGUUCAGGAGCCACUAUGAACCGCCACUCUUCUGGAUGAUCGCCAUCGUGGGCGGACUCGGGAACCUGCUGGUGGUUUGGAUCUACCUGCACGUCCGACGGCGUCUGAAGACGAUGACAGACAUGUACCUCCUGAACCUGGCGGUGGCUGACCUUCUGUUCCUGGUCACGCUGCCGCUAUGGGCGGCUGAGGCGUCGCACAGCUGGAUCUUCGGCACUGCCCUCUGCAAGGUGAACUCCGCCCUCUACAAGGUGAACCUGUUCAGCAGCAUGCUGCUGCUCACCUGCAUCAGCGUCGACCGCUACAUCGUCAUCGUGCGGAGCACCACGGCGCACAACUCCAAGGUGGAGCGGCUCCGCUGCAGCCGGCUGGUGUGUGCGGGGGUGUGGCUGCUGGCGCUGCUGCUGACCACGCCUGAGCUGGUGUUCGCCGGCCCGGCCAAAGUGGACUCCCAGGAAUACUGCCGGAUGGUGUUCCCGACGAAUUUGGGGAACCGCACCAAGAUCCUGGUGCUGUCGCUGCAGGUGAGCGUGGGUUUCUGUCUGCCCUUCAUCGUCAUGGCCUUCUGCUACAGCGUCAUCAUCGCCACGCUACUCAAGACCCGCAACUUCCAGAAGCACAAGGCCAUGCGGGUGGUCCUGACCGUGGUGGUGGUGUUCGUCGUGUCGCAGCUUCCCUACAACGGCAUGCUGGUGAUGGAGGCCAUGCAGGCCACCAACAUGACUGUGACAGACUGCGAGGCGGUGAAGGCCUUGGACAAGGCCGGCCAGGUGCUGAAGAGUCUGGCCUAUGUGCACGCCUGCCUCAACCCCUUCCUCUACGUCUUCGUGGGUGUGCGCUUCCGUAAGGACGUGCUGCAGCUGCUGCACUGCAGCCGGCCGCGGUCCAUCAAGAGCCACCCGAGCAAGAGCUGCCGGAGCCCGCUGAGCUCCACCAGAGCCACGGUGAUGUCCGACAGCGACACCUCACAGGGCCUGUCGCUGUAGAGACCAGCGCCUCCACUUCCUGUUUGAAGUUUAACUUUCAGAAGCUUCUUCAACGUGUGCUGCUUCAUCUCAACAUUUCUGUACAGUUCAACAAGUUCCAGCGCAGUUUAACCCUUAGGAAGAUUCAUUUACCUUAAAGGCUUCAGUGGGUUAAAAACUGCAUGUUUCAGGUACAACUUAACGGGAAGGUCAGGAAACCCUUAAAGUUCACUCGUAUUUGAGACCUUUUCAAAUUAAGGUGUUCUUAAGGAGUUGUUCAAAAUAAGGGCCACAAGGACAGGGAAGUUUUCAGAUAGUUUUCAGAGCAAAUUAAACAGUUUUAAAUGUUUUUUUUUCUGGUCAGCAGUGAAAAAAAUAACCAUAAAAGUUUUUGACCAAGGAUUUAUCUGCUUCAUGUCGACUCCAUUUAAAAGGACUCAUUUUCAGGACUUUCUUUUAUUUCUCAGGAUUUUUUAAGGACUUUAAUAAGACUUUUCCAUGUUUCUCUCUGGACUUUGGCAUUUAUUUUUCAAGACUUUUCCAUCUGUCUCUAAGGAUUUUUCUGGGACUCUAUCGGGACAUUUCUUGACGUCUUUCCAGGACUUUUUCUGAUUUCAGGAGAUUUGGGGGAUUUUUUUAAACUUUACAGGAAUUCCCCAAAAUCUCUGCAGGACCUUUACGUUUAUCUUUCUGGUAUUUUCCAGAACAUUCUCAGGACUUUCCUAUACAGUGAAUGUAAAGCUCUUUUCAUGCACAUAAAGUGUGAUUUCUCGCUGCUGUAACUAGAGACCGGGUGGUCGUGUGUGUUUCUGUCACCGUUCAUUGUGUUGCAUCAUCAGGUUUGAACAGGAUCACAUGACGUAUUAAACUGAGCCAAGACUGUGAUCCAUGUCGUUGUUUGCCUCCGUUAUGGUACCAGCAUCAGUGCUAAGAGGCUAACACAUGCUAACAGAUGCUAACAGGUCCUCAGUCUCUGGAUGUUUUAUGAUGCUGUAAAUAGUUUGACCCUGUAUCUGUGUGUUCAGUCAUAAGGAAUAAAGUGUGUUUGCGUGUUCA